UGUUGUAUUUCCAGCAGGCAAGCAAGCUAAACAACGUUAAGCUGGUCUAGCGUGUGGUUAACUUUUCUUAGUUCAAGGAAAUGAGUUAACCAGUUCGGUGCCCAGUUCUGUUCUUUUCUAGUUUUUAAAACAUGCAUUUCGAAUAGUGCAUUUCCAGUUCGUACACCACGAGCACAGUUUCGUACUACUGACACUGCUCAAUGAAGUGUGAAGAGUUACCGUGAGCUAGGUGCAUGGUACCGUUGUGAAGUGCUUCGCGGGUUGUGCUUGUCCCUCGGACGUCAUGGAGAACUCUAAAGAGGACUACAAGAUCCAGUCCUUCGACCCGGAGACCCAGAACCUGCUGAAGACGGCGCUGAAAGAUCCCAGCUCGGUGGACCUGGAGAAGGUCUCCAGCGUGAUUGUGGACCAGUCUCUGAAGGACCAGGUGUUCAGUAAGGAAGCUGGACGCAUCUGCUACACCAUAGUCCAGGCAGAGGCCAAGGUGAACAAUGGCAGCAUUUUCCGCCGGAACCUCCUGAACCGCCUGCAGCAGGAGUUCCAGGCCCGGGAGGAGACGCGGAGCCGCUCCCUGCAGGAGUGGGUGUGCUUCGUCACCUUCAUCUGCAACAUCUUCGACUACCUCAAGGUGAACAACAUGCCCAUGAUGGCUCUGGUGCACCCGGUGUACGACUGCCUGUUCCGUCUGGCCCAGGCCGACUCGCUGAAGAACGAGGAGGAGGUGGACUGCCUGGUGCUGCAGCUGCACCGCAUCGGGGACCAGCUGGAGCGGAUGAGCGCGCAGCGCAUGGACGACCUCUUCUUCGUGCUGCGCGACGGCUUCCUGCUGGAGGAGGGCCUGGGCUCCAUGGCCCGGCUGCUGCUGCUGGAGAUCCUGGAGUUCCGCGCGGGGGGCUGGCAGCUCAGCGACACGGCGCAGAAGUACUACUACAGCGAGGUGGCCGACUGAGGCCUGGGAGGGGGCGGGGCCUGGAGUCUGGGGGCGGGGCCUGGAGGAGGAGGCGGGGCCUGCUGACCACUCCAUUAAGAGUGGGGGAGGGAGGGGAGAGUGAAUAUUUAACUAGGUUUAGAGCAGCGGUACCCAGUUGUGUGCAAUGGAUGGCUGAGGGUAUGCAGGUUUUUAUUCAUAUUUAUAUGAAAAUAAAUAAUUAGUUCCUUCGCUCUGGUUGAUGGUGAUUUGGGUAGUGAAAUCAGUAGUGUGCAACGAUUGGUUGGAAUGAAAACCUGCGUACUCUCGGCCCUCCGUGGCACGUGAUUGGUCACCGCUGGUUUAGAGAGACCGGUUUCUCUGAAGACGAGCGCUCCAUUCGUACUGGAGCCCAGACCAAGAAGGUGCGAGUUGAAGUGCGGUGGGUUUAUUUAAAAAAAGCGUAUGCGUAUGUGCAGUGGACUGAGGCUAGCUUGGAGCUUUGGGGUUCUUUGAAGUGGAAUUUGAGUUAUGUUCAGGAGGCUGUUAUUGGUGGGAUUUUGCUAAAUUAGUUUAGAAAUACAAGUGUGUUCUGAAGCUCCUCCCAUGUCCUGAUAUAGCAUUCUCCUCGGUUGGUGGGAAAACUCCAACUUUCAUUUGUAAAAAUAGUUUUCUGUGUGUGAAGAAGACACACAGAACCAAACACAGCUGCUCCGUUUGAGAUACGAGUACAGCCCAAAAAAAUUUUUUAUUGUGUAGAGGCUAGUGUAUUGGUCUGGGGUCAUGCUUCGCAAAAUCAAAUGGUGUAAUAUGAUUCUAAGUUAACUCAUGCACUGGUGCUGUUCUUUUGAGACUGUCAAGUUCAUUAUAGCACUAUGUGGAGGGCUGUCAGUUGCAAAAUCUUUUGUUUUUUACUCUUAUUUAAUUUUGAGAAUUAUCAGUUGACUUUAUCUUACAUUCUGAAGUUCCACCCUCUGCGUAGAGCUGAAGUCAGUAGCAUCCGAAGAAACCAGUUUAUAGGAACUGGUCUGUAUGGUUAUUAUAAGUCAGUUUGGACUUAAUGGAGAAUAACCGAACCAGCUUUGAUAUGUGGAGAAAACUGUGCUCAGCUGAACUGGAGAAUUAUGCGUUGCUUUCGUUUCAUCAUCUAUACUCUAAAAUAUUGUCACCAGCCAGCUGUGGAGUUUACACACCAGGAUGUGGUCAGGAUGUUUAGGUCACCAAGGUAGUUCUCUGGAAUUUCCCUAAAGUAGAGCACAUAGGCACAGCAAUACACAGAAACCCUGACUUCUCCGCUGCGCUGCAGGUGGCUCCUCUGCGGUACGAGCGUUUCAUUGGUGCUAGGAACAGACAAAUCUGCUGUUUUCUGUUAAAAUUUUCACUUUAAAUGCGGAACGGCCACAGAAUCGCAGCGCGUGAACAUGUUUACCCGACAGCAGGCUUGGACUCUGGAAGGUUAUUCUGCUUUGGUCUCUUAGCUGGGCCGGUCCUGCAGCCCUGGGGUGGACACUGAGGUGCCGUGUGGAAGACUGGCUCUUAGCGUAGCACCGAUUGCUCUGCUUCUCUCUGCAGUGUGAAUGUGAGCUUAAUUAACCUCGUUCACGCGCCUGUGUGUCCAUCCGUGGUCCUAACGAUGGGUGCCGUGUUUAAAGUCUCUCGACUGGAGCCAUAAACCGGGGGGAACCGAGAUCGGAUUUAACCGAAAGUAUCCGACUCAGAAUUCUGUGACACUGCUGUUGAGACUUAUGGGAGAGCCAAUCGUGGUGGUGCUUUAGUUCUGCACACUCACAGGAUGAGAGGAGAACCUCACUACAGUGAGGCUGCAGCUGUAGGAGGUGAUACCUGCUCACAUAACACAGGCCUCUUAAAGAAACAGUAACACUGAUUGAAUUGAUUUUUUAUUUUUUAUUUUUAAACCUGCUUCACUCACAGAAAAUCUAUUACACGGUUGUGUGGAGGUCCAAGUUUAUAAACUUUGUGUUCAAGGAAAGGAGCUAUUUGAAGUAUGGAAUCUUGAAUCCUGACACCUGCCUGCCUGAAUUGUCUUCCAUUCAGAACAGUGAAGAAAACCACUGAAACAACUUUGGCCAAACUGACCAAUGAGGAAAGGGUUUUGUAGUGUGGAAUAGGGACGGUCACCCUGUUUAAAAAGUUGUUGCAUAUUGUAAUACUGCAUAGUUAUUUAUUUGUGAGUUACCAGCUCUUAACAUUUAAAAAUGGAUUCAUUAAAAGUAAUUAAAUUUACCUUAAAUAUCAUAGCGAUCUGGUUAAAAUAUAGCACAGAUUGGCCACUUGCUAGCACUGUAGUGCAGACAACACAAUUUUGACAUGACAUUUUUUUUGAGCUUGCACAUUACAAACUAACGGUAAAAGUUAGAACGCUGAACUCAGUAAAAAUCACUGCGGCAUCGCGUGUGUCUGAAAGUUGACAGUGGUCCAUCCCAUUAGCGGGAAUACAUGGAUGGUCGGAGAUGGAUUCAAACCCCAGGAGUUUCUGCUCAGAGCUGUAUUUUGUAUUUCUUUUUGUACAGAAGACUAGAGUUCUCCGGGUCAAGACAGGUUUCAGUAUUCUGUUCCAAAUAUUUUUCUAAGAUGUCCACAUUUAGAAGAUUUCUGUUAAAAUCAGAGGAAAAAAAACAAAGCUUUUGUCAGGUUAUUAAAUAUGGGAAGUUUUUCUUCCCCUUGUGUUUUUGUACUGCUGAAUUUCUACAUAAAUUCCUGUUUGAACCUGAAUUGUUAAAAUAAAAAAUGUUUUGAACUGCC